CGCGAAUUUUUGGUUAAUAUUUGGAAGAGAUAUAAAAUAUGUCGGACAUUGAAAACGCGAGUGAACAGGUAUAAACAGUACAAUAAACGCCUAGUUUACAUUAUAUUUUAUUGGGGGUAAUAGCUUAGGUAUUGUUUGUCGUAUUUUACAGCUAUUUGCGGCGAAUAGCGAUCUUUUUGAUGCAGAAAUUGACAGUGAUAACGAAGCCAUUGAGAACAAAGAUGGUGGUGAAGAGGAAGAUGGUUUUGUGAUUGAGAAUGGCGGCGAUCGUGCUGAUAAAAGUGAUGAAGAAGAUCCAUUUCAUGAUAGUGAGUGUGAAGGGGAGGAAAGCCUUGAAAAAAUAAAACAAAAAGCGAAAAAAAUCAGGGUAUGUUUGAGGCUUUGGGCUAUGUUAAUUUGUGUUUAUAUUGUGUACAAAUAUAUACAUGUAUAAUUUAUAUUUAUAUACGUAUGUUGUAUGCCUAGCCAGUAAAGCUUGCUUUGCAUGACAGAAUCUUGCUGAGGUAACCGCCUUGCUUGGCAGCUAGCUCAGCAUGCUUCUCUCUCGUGUGCGGAUAGUUUUAGUGAGGAUUUGACCUCUUGAGGAAAAUGUCUAUCGUGUUUGAUAUUUUUCACCUGGCGAGGAAAAAAUCUCAAAGUCUGCAGAUGUUGCGAGCUUAGUGCUGACACAGAAUAAAGAUCAGUACCAGAAGGGCCACUCAGCGGUGCAACGUGUCACCAUUUUUCUAUGCAAAAAUAUGCAGUUGACUGGCCAGAAGGCGGGGCCUUCAGCCAAUACAGCGCGUUUAUUGGCCAGAAAAUGUAAUCGACUGGCUAGGAAGAUGGCGGCCAGGGUGACAGAAACUUCAAAGCUUCCGACGUAAGUGGCCCUUCUGUGGUGCUGAGCUGCUUGAAUCAACUACUGCCAAUGAGAACCCACAAUUUCUUCACGUGAUGUUGGUCAAAAUGGCGACAAUGGAGGGAUAUGCAAAUCAUCUUAUCAACGACAUUGUUGUUGAGUAGUACGUUUCCAAUGUGUGUGGUGAAAAUGCUUGGCUGGGCUAACCGCCAUGCAAGGCGGCAGUAAAUGCACUUCAUUUUACUAUUUACUGUAUGUCUUGUACAUAUAUAUGUACAAAUUCACCACAAUACACAAAUUGUAAAAUCAAUCCCAACUAUUCAACAGACCACGUUAGAGAUUACUGCAAGUUCUACGAAGGAACCAAAGAGACGAAAGGCAAAGCAAGAUGCUGUAACAAAACUUCACAGUGAGAGUCAAAGAUUGGUUAGAGGUAUUGGACUUAUUAUAAAUUACUCUCGAUUGAUUAACCCAUGGAGCACUGGUGCUCUCCUCUUGAUGAGAAAAAUUGUCUGGUGUUAAACAGAGUAAAAUAAGAAAGCAGACACUAUUCUGCCAAAAGUUGAUUGAAUAUUUUCCUUAAUUUAAUGUUGUUUUAGAGUCGCGUGUGAAACUUCCCUAUCAUCAGCCAGAAACCAAAGAUAUCCGACACUUUCUAAAAAGAGUCCCAGUGGACAAUAUCAAAAACGACAAGCUUUCAAGGUGAGGCACCCCUUAACCAGGCCUAGGAAUUACAUUUUUCUUCCGGCCAGCAAAAUCAAAAAAUUUCUUGUACUACUAAGUCAAAUAUAAAACUUGCUGCAUAUGUGGAUAAUAACCAUGGUAAUAACUGUGGCUCAGUAACCGUGGCUAUAAUUUGACCGGUAUAUUUUAUAGCCAUGGUAAUAAAGUAACCGAGCACUGCAUGUUAUACUACAUUUUUAUGUACCUAUGUUGUUCCAUAGGCUGCUAUAGUUGAUAACUCUGGAUACCAGCCGAGGCACCGCCAAUGAAACUAUAGCAUGCUGCAUAAAUAUUUUAUAUGUAGCCUAAUGCUGCAAAAACGUGGCUACACAAGGUAUGCCGAGAUCAUACUUUAUUUAUAGCCACAAAUCUUGACAUGCAAAACGCUUUUGUAAACUAAAUGGCAUUCCAGUAUAUAAGCUAGAUGACAAAAAUUUCCUGUAAGGCGUAAGACAAUUUUCUGCGAAGAUAUUUUGUUAAAAAUUUCCUUGCAAAAUCUCAUCCCUACCUUAAUUUAUUGAUUUCCAUAUUUGUUUGAAGCAGGAAUGACAAAGCAACCAAACAUGCUGAAGAAGCCAAACAUGCUGAAGAAACUGUGGAAAUAUCUGAAAAAGAAGUAGAGAGUUCAGAAGCUGAAGACUUGACAACUACAGAACCUGACACAGUUGUUAAACCAAAAUUAUCCGGGGCUUUUGAUCCUUUCUUCUUUGAUGAUAGUUCUAGCAAAAAACCUGCAGGGCUAAAUCAUUUGAUGGAAAGGUAAUUGACACAACUACACAAAUUUUUAUAGAUGAUAACAAUUUGCUGCAGACUUGAUAACAACUGGGAACAAGCAGUGCGAACACAUCUUGUUGACAAGCCGUGAGAUUUUUAAAUGUGUACUGUAAGGCUUGGUAAUCUUACUACUCUUUAAUAUGGAUUUAUUCCAGAGCUAUAGGCGAAAUUUUGAUCUUAGACAAGGACGAAAUCCAUUACCAAUGCCGGAAUCGAAGAGCAUCUUAAAAUGAGUAAAAUUGCAAAGUUUGGUUGCAAAAUUUGUAAUGAGGAAAAUAUAUAGUCCUGUGAAGUUCGCAAAUUUUGUAUGUAUUUGCAUUACGCGCGGGGAAAAUAACGAUUUUUUGAGCCGAAAGUACAAAAUUUGCGAACUUCACAGGGCUACAUUUUCCUCAAUCUAUAACAUUUAGCAACCAAUCUUUGACUUUGCAGUAUUACUCAUUCUAAGACGCUCUUUCUAGCUGUGGUGUUGGAUAUCGUUCUUCUUGCCUUGAUCAAAAUUUAGAUUAUACAGUGUAGCUGGAAUCGCCCACUAACCCAUGCAGCGCCAUUCGACUAAGUUUUGAAGCAUACGUUUCAAUUAAUUUGGAGUUACAGCUCUUAGACGUUGGAAGUAGUGUUGGAUCAUGGUUCCCUAGCUUCUGCAGCCAUGAUGUCAGUUUAAUUAAUAGGCCUUUCCCCUUUUGAGUGAAAUUUUGAUCUGGACAGAAAUUUCAGCUUGAAAGAGCAUCACAAAAUUAGUAAUAUUCCGAAGUUUCGUUGCGAAAUGUUGUAAAAUGCGGAUAACAUAGCCUUGCGAAGUUUGCCGUUUUUCAGUCAUUUUGUAUUACAAAUGGGAAAUUGAUAAUCAGUUUGAUCAUCUGAUUAUCAAAUUCCCGUGCGUAAUGCAAAAUGACUGAAAAACGGCAAACUUCGCAAGCCUAUAUUAUCCACAUUUUACAACAUUUCGCAACGAAACUUCGGAAUAUUAGUUAUUACUAAUUUUGUGAUGCUCUUUCAAGCUGUGAUGAAAUUUUUGUCCAGGCAUAUCUAGAUCAAAAUUUCACUCAUAAGGGGAAAGGUCUAUUGAUCACCCCAGUUUCAUGUUAGACGAACAUUUCCAAUUUGACUCUACCAAACAUAAGCAGUCAGUUUCUCCCAGGACUCUGGUUUUCUUUGUCCGUAAUCUUAAUCGACGUUUCGUAAUUCAGGUUUCUCAGCCACAACAAAAGCAAGUUAAAACAAACUAAACCCGAUGAAAUCAGCAAAGUCAAGGAACAAACACAAAAUUCUGAUGUAGCUGAGGUCACUGAUGAAGUCGAGAAAUUAAAAACAACAGAAAAUACUGAGAACGAGAAAAAUCAAAAAAUGCUACAGCCAAUUUUCCAACCAGGUAGACAAGAAACUAGUUUGAUACAGUCAUGAUAUAAUAAGAAUAUUACAAAGUUGACCACACAAGGUUGUAACAAUAUUGUUAUAUCAUGACUGUAUCGGACGUGUUGGAACAAGUGUGAUAAAAUAUCAACAAGGUUGUGAAGGAACUAGACUCAGUUCCGAAAUAUAUCGCAUCUCGAACCGACCUGACUGCGUAGCUCAGUUGGUAGAGUAUUGGGCUAGUAUUCCAAAGGUCGUAGGUUCGAUUCCCACCGUGGCCAGGCAUAUUUUUCAAGCUUGCCCGGUGUGGAUAUACACUCAGAGUGACAUCACAAGCAUCACAUCAGCAAGGUUGUUACAACUGUUAACAAGUUGUUCCAUACUUGUUGACAACUAGAGACAAACAGUGCGAACACAACUUGUUGAUGGCUUGUUGGCAGGCUUGCUACAAGAUGUGGGAAAGAGGUGCGCACCUCUCCUGAUAUCGUUUUGCACCUCCCCUGAAAAGUCAUGCACUUCCCCUUGGGAACGUUUCAAUGAUAGAUCAGAGUGAGAAUUUGACAUUUUUUGGUUGCUUAUAGUAGGGUCUACACUUCGUAAGAAAAUUUUUCUUUGCGUGUUAGCUAUCCAGUGAUACCAUAGCCAUUCAUCUCUGUGUCAAGUACACUUUGAAGGGAACUUUGCAGUAAUUGUUAUUUGUAAUGAAGGGGAAAAUUGGAUGAGUUGUACAGUCAUAAUUCAUUAGUACACUGAUACAUAUGUACACUACAUGCAUACGUCACGUCGUUGACUUUGGCCCGUUCUAAACCCUAACUUUCCAUGGGGGUCGUCAGCAGCUAAACCGCGGCACCUCCCCUAAAUUUUUCCCACCUCCCCACAGUUUCCACCAAAACCCAGCCUUAGUUAGGUCUAACAUUGUAUAUAAUCUUCCGUUUUAUUAACGUUGUCGUUGAUUUCGAUUACUUAGGUGACAAUCUGCGUAGUGUAAAGGAGAAGCUCCAAGCGAACAUGAAGCUCCAGAGAGCUGAGGUGAGAAAGAUUCAUGAAUCACAAAGAAAGCUUGAUGAAGAGGAAAUCAGCGACGAGGAAGAAGAAGAAGAGUUUGAUGGCGAAGAUGAAGGUAAAUUAUCCUAA